CUUGGCUGCAAUAACCACUUUCUCCCACGAGGAUCAUUCCUUUGACUUGCUCGACGUCCGCAAGGAUCUCGCCUUUACUUUUCCUGUGCUUCCUUUUGUUGCAUAACAGUGCUACAAUCACACUUCAGCAGCACCUUCGCGUUAGACCCGUCCACGACACAUGUCCAGGACAUUGGCUGACCGGCAAUCAGAUUUCCAUCACUCCCAACUCACGCCGUGAACCUCAGGUCCGCAACAAAACAACACGAGAUCGCCAUCAUGGACCAUGUCGAAGCCUUCUUCGCCACGCUGCCAAGCCCCAUCGACCACGAGGCUUUCUUGAAACGUCAGGGACAGCUGGAUUUGGACAGUCUCCUCAAGGCUCUCGGCGUCCUCUUCAAGGCGAGGACCAGCAGCGAUGCAGCGAAACGGUUCAUUAGAUCCAGCAGCGACUCUGACUUCCAGUUCCUCGUCAAGCGGCUCCCCUCGCAACUCCCGACAGGUGCCGUGCGCUUCGUCAUGAAGGAUGAUGUGUCGUGGUACUGGAGCGUCAUUGGGCACCUGGCCCUCACCAAGACUCCCGCCGAGAUCAGCAGCGACACUGCGACCGCGCGCCAGCUGCGCUAUUUCCGCUGGAUAGCCCAGGGCCGAAAGGACGUCGAAAGAGAGCAGGUCGUCUACGGAACAUCGACCAAGCCAGUGGAGCAGUACAACGGCCACCCGGCGUUGCCCAAGAGCUCCACGUCAAGCCUGGCCGAUCAUGACAUUCAACACCACGCAUGUGCUCACUGCCACAAGACCGAGGACACCAGCUCCGGCACACGCAAGCAGAAGCACGGCCACCAACUCAUGACCUGCACCGGCUGCGCACUCCCGUCUGGAAACGGCCACAGACUCGCAUGCACCUAUUACUGCGGCAAGCAGUGCCAGAAAGCAGACUGGCCGCGCCACAAGCCACACUGCAUUGCGAGACAGGGUGUCCUACGGGCAGCGACACUGCUGCGAGACCUGGUGUUCGCCCUCGAGGCGCACGCGGCCCUCCAGCCGCUCAGAAAGCUGUGGAUCGAGGACGGCAUCACCAACUUUGAGGAUCGGCCCUCGGACGAGGCGGGCUUUCUCGGGACGCUGAUGCUGCAGCGCCUCGAGUGCGAGGACCCUCCUUCCACGCUGGCCUACCACGCUGCCCUGGGGAUGUACAAGUGCAACCUCCUCAUGCUUCUGUAUCGGCACCUCUUCAUGCUGCUGUUCACUCCACUUUGCAAAGACAUCAGGCAAUUCGUAUUUGAGCCGCGCAACGCCGACAACCCCUUGUGCCACAUUGACGAGGCCCCCAGGUACCGCGGCGAGCGUUCGUACCUCAUGUUUGUGACACACGCAGUCCUGCAGGUCACUCUUGUCGCCACGAGCGAGGUCCUGGCCGUCGACAUCACGGCUGCCCAGUUUGGCUGGCAGGAGCUGGUGGCGCCGUGGGGGGCGUACAUGGCGCAGAGGAGCAUCCACGUGUCCAAUGUCGUGCCGUUCCAUGCCAACAUGGACCAGUACGACCGCAUGGCUGCCGCGAUGGUGAGGCCUGUCGACCGGCCUCGCGAGUAUGCUCGGCAGCUCAUGGCUGCGUGCCUGGUUGGCCUGGUCCACGCGGCGCUCGGCCGGCACAGCAAGCACGCCCAGCGCCACGGCUCGGCGCAGCAGGUUCUGAAGUCCCUCGAGCCGGAACAGUAUGCGGCGUGGGCGGCCGACCUGGUUGACUGGGCAUAUCGCAUGUGUGCGGCCAUGGCGGAAGGGUUCAACAGCGGCAGCGACAGCGUCAGAAGUCCUGCGAGGCCUGCAUACCGUUGGUAUUUCAGUAGUACCUUCGAUAAUUGCCUGACCCAGACCGACGAGCAGGUUCGCGCUCUUAAGGGUGUCUGGAUGAGCGAGGCCGAAGUUGCCCAGGCCAAAGGUGAUCCCGCCAAGAUACAGAGGAAGUGGUUGUCACGCUGCGCGACACCAAAGCGCCAGGCGUUGUUCAAGAAGCACGGGGUCGACUUGCUUCUCCAGCCCGGGCCGGUCAUCAAUGGCACGCAUCGUACACCGGCUCCGCGUACUUGA